CGAAGCACCAGACCUGGAAACCGCCAGAAGGAAACGGUGUGGAAGAAGCCCCACCCGCUGAACAUGGAAGGGGCUCUGAUAGCCCGGGACAGAGUUGGAGUCCAAGAUUUUGUCCUCCUCGACGCUCACACGAGUGAAUCUGCUUUCUUGGACAACCUACGGAAACGAUACCGGGAGAACCUCAUUUACACCUACAUCGGCACUCUUUUGGUGUCUGUGAAUCCGUACAAAGAGUUGGACAUCUAUACGGUUAAGCAGAUGGAGCAAUACAAAGGCGUAAACUUCUUUGAGCUGCCCCCACACAUUUACGCCAUUGCUGACAACGCCUACCGUGUCAUGUGCACCGAAUAUAAUAACCACUUCAUCUUGAUCUCUGGAGAAAGUGGAGCCGGGAAGACUGAGGCCUCCAAGAAGAUCCUUCAGUUCUUUGCAGUGACCUGCCCUACCACAGAGCAGCUGCAGAUUGUCCGGGAUCGCUUGCUUCUCUCCAAUCCUGUCCUGGAGGCUUUUGGAAAUGCAAAAACUUUACGGAAUGACAAUUCAAGCAGGUUUGGAAAGUACAUGGACAUCCAGUUUGAUUUUAAGGGAGCUCCCGUUGGUGGGCACAUCCUGAGCUAUCUGAUUGAGAAAUCCCGCGUGGUUCACCAAAACCCCGGGGAGCGCAACUUCCACAUCUUCUACCAGCUGCUGGAGGGCGGAGAGGAGGACCUGCUUCAAGGGCUGGGCCUGGAACGCAGCCCUCAGAAGUACACGUAUCUCGUGCAGGGGGGCUGUGCCAAAGUAUCUUCCAUUAAUGACCAAAGCGAUUGGAGAACAGUCCAGAAGGCCUUCAUCGUCAUUGACUUUGCAGCAAGAGAUAUUGAGAAUCUCUUAGGGAUAAUUGCAAGUGUCUUGCAUCUGGGCAACAUUCAGUUUGAAGAAGACAGCAAUGGCCAUGCCAUCAUCACCAAUGGCACUCAAAUCAAGUGGAUCUCCAAGCUUUUGGGCGUCCAUCUAUCCAUUCUUCAAGAAUCUCUAACCCACAGGAAAAUUGAGGCCCGGUCUGAAGAGGUUUUAAGCCCAUUGGAUGUAGACCUGGCAUUUUAUGCCCGGGACGCAGUAGCAAAAGCAAUAUAUGGACGGAUGUUUACUUGGCUGGUCAACAAGAUCAACAGUUCUCUAGCAAACAAGGACCUCAGCAGGAAAACAGUGAUUGGGCUACUUGAUAUUUAUGGCUUUGAAGUCUUUGAGACGAACAGUUUUGAACAGUUCUGUAUCAACUAUUGCAAUGAGAAGCUCCACCAGCUGCUGAUCGAGAUGACCUUGAAGGCAGAGCAAGAGGAAUAUGAGCUGGAAGGCAUUGAGUGGGAACCAGUCCCAUAUUUUAAUAACAAGAUCAUAUGUGACCUUGUGGAGGAGAAACACAAAGGCAUCAUUUCCAUACUGGAUGAAGAAUGCUUGCGACCCGGUGAAGCAACUGACUUGAGUUUCUUGGAAAAGCUGGAGGAAAAAGUAGGAGAUCACGCCCAUUUUGUGACUCGAAAGCUUGCAGACCAGAAAACACGGAAGUCCAUUGACUGGGUGGACUUCCGCUUGCUUCACUACGCUGGUGAAGUGACUUAUUGCACAGUAGGAUUUUUGGAGAAAAAUAAUGAUCUGCUUUACCGGAACCUCAAAGAGGUGCUGUGCAAUUCCAAAAAUGGUAUCUUGAGAGAAUGUUUCCGCCCAUCAGAGUUGCACAACCGGAGGAGGCCCGAGACGGUUGCAACUCAAUUCAAGACAAGCCUGUCCAGUUUGAUAGACAUCCUGAUGUCCAAGGAGCCAUCCUACAUCCGGUGCAUUAAACCAAAUGCUGACAAAGAACCUGACAAAUUCGAUGACUCCUUGAUAAGGCACCAGGUGAAAUACUUGGGGCUAAUGGAGCACCUACGGGUGAGGCGAGCAGGCUUUGCUUACCGUCGGAAGUAUGAGGACUUCCUGCAAAGAUACAAGUUGCUCUGCCCUGAUACCUGGCCCCAGUGGCGAGGUCCCGCUGCCAAGGGAGUGGAGAGGCUCAUCCAUCACGUCGGCUAUAAGCCCGAAGAGUACAAAAUGGGAAGGACCAAACUGUUCAUUCGUUUCCCAAGAACCCUUUUUGCCACUGAAGAUGCCUUCGAAUAUAGAAAACACCUCCUAAUUUCCAGAAUACAAGCCAAAUACAGAGGUUGCCUCGGGAAGCGAGAAUUCCAGAAGAUGAAAGAAGCUGCCAUCAAGCUAGAGGCUGCCUGGAGGGGGGUCCUGGCACGCAGACUGGCCAAGAAGAGAAUGUGGGCGGUGCAGACGAUCCACAAGUACUUAAAAGGCUUUAUUCACCGGAAACAGCCCCUGAACACUGAGAACGUGGACUUCGUGAGGUUUGUGCAGUACGCCUACCUCAUGAAACUCAGGGAUCACGUUCCAAAGACCGUCUUGGACAAAAGCUGGCUUAAGCCUCCAGAGAUCAUGGAACAAACCUCUGAUCUUCUGAAGAAGAUCUGCACAAGGAAUCUGGUCCGGAAGUACUGCCGUGGCAUCACUGCAGAGAAGAAGGCCCAGAUGGAGCAAAAAGCAGUUGCCAGUGCCAUCUUUUCCGGGAAGAAGGUUGGCUAUGCUGAAAGCCUGAAUGAACCCUUUGUGGACAGCAGGCUAAGUGAGAGUGACCUGUGCCCCAAAGUCCUGCAGAUGAUCCGCCACGAGAAGGUGCAGUAUGUCACCCCAGUGGUGAAGUAUGACCGGAACGGCUUCAAGCCCCGAGAGCGGCUGCUUGUUCUGACCCGUGUGGCGGCUUACGUGGUGGAGACAGCAAAGAUCAAGCAAAAGAUUGAGUAUGCAACGCUCAGAGGCAUUUCCACCAGCAGUCUCAGCGACGGUAUCUUAGUCCUUCAUGUUCCAGAAGACAACAAACAAGAAAAGGGAGAUGCUAUUCUGCGGUGUGAGCAUGUUUUUGAGACCGUCACCAAGCUCUGCAUGUUGGCCAAUAAGCAGGACAUGGUCGCUGUGGUCCAGGGAAGCCUCCAGUUUCAGAUCAGUCCAGGGAAAGAAGGAACCAUGGUUUUCACCACCGGGCAGGAGCCUCAGAUCUACAAAGCCAAGAAUGGACAACUGACAGUGGUAUCCACCAAAAUAAAGUCCUGAUGGGGAAAACCCAAGAUCGAGCGCUGUUACUUUGUCUGCUUGAAAAGAAAGUCACUGAAAUCACCACCUCCAUGGAGAAUUGCUGCGGUCUUUGCAAACCUACUCAAAUUUUGAUGCCAUAGGACGGUUGGAGUCAAGGUCAUUUGCAUCUUUUUUAAAAGCAACAUCGUGAACGAACAAAAUGCAAACGGUUCACCUAUUAAUCCUAGACCCCAUAAUAUCCUCAAUGAACACCCCAAUAACUGAUGCAUAGAGCAAGGCUGUGUUUUCGUGAUAACUUGCUUCAAAAUCCCAGCGGGCAAUAAUUUAACCAUGAACUGCACUGAACAGCCCCAAGCCUUUGUUUUAAAAUGAAGAACUUCAGAAAAGGGUCCCAGUCAUGAGUUCUAAGCAGGACUGGAAGAGAAGCAGUAAGGCAAGCUGUGAAACUCCACCAAAUUCUCUGCAAAGUGAACAGGGGCUAGUGAGCAUCAUCCCCAUUUUUGAAGUGCGAACUGAAGUUCUUACUUCUUGGACAAGCUCUGAAGCAUGGGAAGAAGGUACUUCUGUUCCCGGAGUUACGACCCCAUGUUACUCUCUGUAUUAGCAACCUGUGAUGUAUUUAUGAAAAAUUAAAAAGAU